CGGCAUGGCGCGGGGAUCCCCCCUGUCUACAGGUCAACCGAACCUCGGCCAUCCACGUCCCCUUACCAUGCAGCUGCUCCUGGUCGCCGAGCAGACAGCCCUCCUGCAGAAGGUCACGAGCCAGUACCAACCCACCCUGGAGCCUCUUAUUACCGAGCAGGGUCGUGUCGCCAUCACACCAGUCCUCACCGUCACUCCGCCUCAACCUGCUCCUCAGAGAUCUCAAAAUCAAUACUAUGGUAAUGCGCAGCCACCCACUACCACAACCACUACCCUCUCGCUGUCGUUGGGCUGCAGCGUCGAGCCUGCCGAGCCCGUCCUGGUCCACUGCAAGCUCGUCGUGAGUGACCGCCGGAGCAUCCAAACCAAAGACUCAAAACCUCCGCAAACUAAGGAAGUAGAAGCUCGCGCCAUCCUCCAAACGGGUUUAACAAAUGUGUCAUCAGUGGGUACGCUGAGCUUCGACCAUCCCUUCGAGAAGGUGACCAUCCUCUUCAGGGUGUACGACAUCGUCGACGGCCGCCCCGCGUCGGGCCUGAUCCAACGUCUCAACCGGGCCCGCCUGGAGGGCAGCCGCUCCUGCGACGUGAAGCUGGUGGUGGACGGCGUGGAGCUGGACGCGCACCGCGCCGUGCUGGCCGAGCGCAGCCCCGUGCUCAACAGGAUGCUGACGACGGGCUCAUUCAAGGAGGCCCGCGAGGGCCGCGUCGAGGUGGUGGACUUCCCCCGUGCGGCGAUAGAGAAGUUUCUCGAGUACCUGUACACGGACCGGGUAGAGGACUGCGAUGGCUGUGAAGUGGAGCUGCUGCAGCUCGCCGACAAGUACGAGGUGCCGGAACUGACUGACUAUUUGGAGAAGAGGUUGUGGACUUACGACCCUCUGCGAGCCGUGGAGGUGCUGAACGCCACCGGCGUCAGCGACAUCGUCAGCAGUCCGCUACGCCGCCGGCUCACGGCCAUCGUGGUGGACAACCUAGCGGACCUGGAUGGUACCCCAGAGUGGGCUGCCUUUAGGGAGACUCACCCCGCCCUCGUCGACUUCCUGGUUGGUACAGUAGCCAGGUCGGCCGAGUCCACGUGCUCAAUGUGGUCGCAGGACCACCUCGCGGGCCAACUCUGACCAGAGGACUUUAACUCUGACAAGUCGAUGUAGACCCGGCGGGUCAAAAUGGUUUGCACCAAGUGGGGUGAAAUAUUCGCAUUGACAAAUACAAGUGAAUAUGAAGCAAAUUUGUGAGAUUUGUCAUUAAAUUUCAUCAAAUUUAAUGGUUUGAAAAAUGUUAUAAUAAAUCUGUAGCUUACUUGAAAUUUCAUUCCUUGUUUCUUAGACUGACUACUGCAGAA